AUGUCCUGGAUCCGUUGCUGCUCCUCCCGACCGUUUGGGACCGUUUCAGACCAUACAAUGCAACCAUUCUACAAUGCGAAAGCACGCAUCGAGAACGAGACCGCCUAUGUGACAUGGAACGCUUUGCAAGUCGACCUGAUGGGCUCGGCACACGUGCACAGCACGAAAACGGAUUGGCGUUUUCUGCAUAUCCCGAGCAAAACCCAAGCCGUAUUUCACGGCGCACAGGCAUGCACACUGUAUCAGUUCAGAGUGGCAUUUCUUCCCAGUGACAUACAAGAUGUGCCCGCGUUCACGUGUGCAUUUACUCCACCAGGUACGGUGAUUGCGUAA